AGAAGCUGAAAUGCUGGAGCGUCCAUUCGUUCCACAGCAUUGACAGCGGUGUCCUUGACCCUGUCGUAGCCUUACCGAAAAACACGACUGAGCAUAGCUCGCUUUCACAGCUUAUGACAGGUAUUUGGGUGAGACUGCGUGUGUGGAUGUCGUGGUGUCAAGGGUCUUUUCCUCACGAACAACCCAAACAAUGGGAAAUGAGCUCCAUUGGCUUGCCUGUGUGUAUUUCGAAGACUGGGCAAGCUAUCACAGCCGAGUCGGUGACAACAAAACAUGCGAACAGAGAGAUGCGUCGCAGCCCGAACGUUUGAUGAGUGCAUGCAGUCAAGCCCCACGCCAGAAGCGUCCAUUUCAUGGUGGACGGAGAUGCGUGAACGAAGCUGUCGGCAUGGUGGUAACGACAGUUAUCGAGGAACUUUGGGUUUCCCAGAACGCCCGCGUCUCCGCUAGGAAGGGAGUCACGGCUGAUGUAGAGGCUACGGGCCGUUCUGGAAGCGACACAGGAACUCCAAUGUAGCAGCCAGCCGACCAACAGACAAAUGGAACAGUUCUACAGAUUGCUUUUGUGUUGCGCAGUCACCAGUGAACAUAGUUAUUUCUACGGACGUGCUUUCGUCGCAUUCUCGUUCCUUCGCAUCCACGAAGAAUCAAGCAGAAAGUGCGUGACCAUGGAUACCUCUGCACAACGCACAGGCAGUCUCAAUGCUGAUAAAAAGGGCUUAUUCGUACGCUAGCUUGAUUGUGAAAUGUUCCUAAUAAGCGGGAUAUCGUUGAGCUCGCUUGUGCAUAACGUUGCUUCGGCAAGAGGAAGGAGAGCAGAGAACAACAACUCUUCAGCCGUGAAGUCAUACGAAGCUCUUCGCCGCCUGGGUUUGCCAUUUUUUGACAGUAAAAUGUGCCAGGCGGCUGGUGUUGGGUAACGGACGAACCAGCUCGCCGACAACACACUUUGGAUUCGGUCCACAUGCGCUUUUGUUGUUCAAGGAGCAUUUUCACUGCAGUGUACAGCAGCUUCACCUCACGCUGUUUAAACACGUCUGCAGCAGCGACCUUCACCAUCGAAUUACUGGUGCUGUUUCCAGGCGGCAGCACGAACCUGGUGGCACAUAGGCGAGGUAACUCAUGAUGCUGAUUGCUGGGGCAUCACCUCACGCUUGGAAAGAUCAUGAAGAGGUGUCUUGAUCAGAAGGAUGAGAUGGCUCACACAUUUGCUCACGGUGCUUUUGUUGGCUUGUCAGUCUACACGGUAACGCGGUGACGGAGCGCACCUUCCUCUGGAAAAGACCGCCCUAAGACUAACUCUGUGUGAAAUGGAAGGAAUCAUCUGGCUGCGAAAACAAAUGACGCAUAAACGCCAAAGAAACAACCAACACAGGGCGCCACCAGCUUGGCUGCUACCGGACAAUCGUGGUCAUCGCCACGCUUUCCUUUAUCUACACUGGAGGAAUCGAGAACUCCUUUGGUAAAAAGAGUGGUGUACUUUCGACCGAAGAUCCAGCAUCGAUGCUACUACUGUCAGUGCCGAAAUCUGCCCGUUAACGAAGCACAUUACAAUCAUAAUUUGAAGUGGACACGUGGGGAGUUCGUCAAGAGAUCGUAUUUCUUUGCAGCGUCUCUUAUGGCAAACUUUUAGGGCCCGUACCGGAGACGACGCGCUCGCGCCUUUUUGAGGGGGCCGGGUGCAUUGGCACGGGACGUUGCACUUCUCGCUCGUCCGCGCCAAGUCAAUUGUGAUCCGCUGGUAGGAUACCUCGCGCUCAAAAGUCCACGUUAUGAUGAUAAUUGGAAACUAAAUGAGGGUGGGCACUCGUCGUUUCGGUUAUCCACAUAGCAGUGUUUUUCGUUCUCUCGAUUUUCGGUGGUGUUUCUUCACUGGUUGUCUUGCCACCGGGAUCCGAAGACAUCCGCGGGCUGGCUCGAGCCAAGAUCUGCGCCGGGUGGCGGACCCGUUUGAAAAUGGGCAAACUGCGUAUUAACAGUUUUGACUGAUGACAUCCCAUUCCACUCAUGCGUACUGAAGUUUGUCUAUGUCCAUAUUUCUGGCACAUGGAAGCGAAUGCAAGGCAGGUUGUGACAUGCCGGCAGCCGUGUCUGCCACGCCGCAUGCAGCCACGGCUCGAAGUAUGUAAAUGACCAAAACUUCCAGGAUUCCCUCAAAAGGGGUUUGUUUCCUGUCACACAUGCACGCGGAAUGAGGAGGAACAAGCCGCCGGGGCAGGCGGCCUCCGUACAGGGGCGGUCUGCCUACCUUCGUCUGACCGGUACAGCUUGUUUCCUGCUUUUCCUCGCCGUCGUGAAAGCGCACCUUCACAUCUCGGUUGCAAUGCAGGCACCACAGUCGGCCGAAAUUAACCAGCAACCUCUAGCCGGGAUACGCGGCGCAUUCACUCCCGAGAAUGCUCAGACCGCUUCAAAAAGACCACGGGCCCCUUCGACACAACAACAGUCAACAACGCUUCAUACGUGGAGUGGGUUGGCUCUCUUGGACGCCAAAUUUCCUGGCUCUUUCGUCCAGACGACACUUGGUGGUCGUCGCCGUCGCCCCCAGAACCGGGGAAACGUUAAGCGCAGAGGUCGCGGAAAGAGAAAACGCAGGCGCGCUAAGCCCCGUAGAAGGCACUCUCCGAAUAGAAAAAACGGUGUGACAGAGAGAAAACAGGGAAGAACGCGCCGUCAGAGAACCCAGGCGAAAGAGGAUAGAACGGAGGAACAUGACCUCGAGGGACGCCACCGAAAAAGCGAGAAACCGGAAUCCCAUCUGACACAUGGCGACCAAGAGAACGUCAUGAACAGAGGACGCACACCCGACGCGCGCAGUAGCCGCAACACGCACACCUCUCGAAGCACCAGCCCAGAGGGACGAACAGAAGAGAGAAAGAAAAUUCCCGAGGAAAGCGACGCCCGCGAAACACACAAUUCCGACGAACACGGCAAACCUUCCGAAACGAAGCCCCGCAAGAAGCAACAUCACCAGCAGCACGAUGACGCCGAAGGCAAGACGGAGAAGGACAAACAGGUUGCGGGGCACGAAGGAAGCGAUGUCGGGGGACACGGAGGCCAUGGUGAGGGUGCGGACCACCAUGCCGGCGGGGAAGACAAGCAUCAGAGAUCCAAGAAGAAGCGCCACAAAAAGAAGAAGAAACAUCACCACCAGCCUCACGAUGACGCCGAAGGCAAGACGGAGAAGGACAAACAGGUUGCGGGGCACGAAGGAAGCGAUGUCGGGGGACACGGAGGCCAUGGUGAGGGUGCGGACCACCAUGCCGGCGGGGAAGACAAGCAUCAGAGAUCCAAGAAGAAGCGCCACAAAAAGAAGAAGAAACAUCACCACCAGCCUCACGAUGACGCCGAAGGCAAGACGGAGAAGGACAAACAGGUUGCGGGGCACGAAGGAAGCGAUGUCGGGGGACACGGAGGCCAUGGUGAGGGUGUGGACCGCCAUGCCGGCGGGGAAGACAAGCAUCAGAGAUCCAAGAAGAAGCGCCACAAAAAGAAGAAGAAACAUCACCACCAGCCUCACGAUGACGCCGAAGGCAAGACGGAGAAGGACAAACAGGUUGCGGGGCACGAAGGAAGCGAUGUCGGGGGACACGGAGGCCAUGGUGAGGGUGUGGACCGCCAUGCCGGCGGGGAAGACAAGCAUCAGAGAUCCAAGAAGAAGCGCCACAAAAAGAAGAAGAAACAUCACCACCAGCCUCACGAUGACGCCGAAGGCAAGACGGAGAAGGACAAACAGGUUGCGGGGCACGAAGGAAGCGAUGUCGGGGGACACGGAGGCCAUGGUGAGGGUGCGGACCACCAUGCCGGCGGGGAAGACAAGCAUCAGAGAUCCAAAACGAAGCGCCACAAAAAGAAGAAGAAACAUCACCACCAGCCUCACGAUGACGCCGACGGCAAGACGGAGAAGGACAAACAGGUUGCGGGGCACGAAGGAAGCGAUGUCGGGGGACACGGAGGCCAUGGUGAGGGUGAGGACCACCAUGCCGGCGGGGAAGACAAGCAUCAGAGAUCCAAGAAGAAGCGCCACAAGAAGAAGAAGAAACAUCACCACCAGCCGCACGAUGACGCCGAAGGCAAGACGGAGAAGGACAAACAGGUUGCGGGGCACGAAGGAAGCGAUGUCGGGGGACACGGAGGCCAUGGUGAGGGUGAGGACAAGGAGUCUGGCACCCCCACCAGCGAGGAGCGUAGUAGAGGUCGCCGUCGUCGCAGAAGGAAGAGGCACCAGCACACGAGUUCAGAUGGUGCCAAAGGUAAGGAGGAGAAGGCGACGCAGGUUGACGGUCGCGCAGAGCCCCAUGUCGGGGGAUAUGGGGACCAUGGGGAGGGUGAGGAUAAGGGAGAAGGUGAGGGGAAAAGACCCCGGCGUUCCAGGAGACGGCGCAGAAGGAAGGGCGGUCACGGGGGCAAUGAGCAUUCAACAAAAGGUGAUGGGCAGGAAGUUGGGGGCACCGCAGAUCGUGCGGGACACGGGAAUGAGCCUAAGAAAGCCCUGGCCGAUGCAGGCACAGGAGGCAUGCACAGCCAUGGGGGCAGAGAAGACAAGCAUCCUGGGGGAGAACACAAAGAUGCUUACGAAAAGAAAGAAACUGGAGACCAUGCAGGUCAAGAUAGAAGCAUCAAAAGUCAUUCGCCCAGUGGCUCUUCUGACGGAUCCAGUCCCGCUCACAAGGGAUCGCCGGCGUCAGCCGCAAAAGAUCAGCAGUCGACAACCGAUCAAAAACAUCCCCAAGAACAGAAGUCAGAUGAACACAAGCAUACAAACCAAGGGUCGUCUCAUGAGCAUCGCGAGUCUGGACACCACGGUUCAUCUCAGGAGCAUCGCGAAUCUGGACACCACGGUUCAUCUCAGGAGCAUCGCGAAUCUGGACACCACGGUUCAUCUCAGGAGCAUCGCGAAUCUGGGCACCACGGGUCGUCUCAGGAGCAUCGCGAAUCUGGGCACCACGGUUCAUCUCAGGAGCAUCGCGAAUCUGGGCACCACGGGUCGUCUCAGGAGCAUCGCGAAUCUGUGCACCACGGGUCAUCUCAGGAGCACCACAGCGAGCACCAGCAGUCUGUGCAUCCACAUCACGGGCACCAGAACUCGCUCCAGGAGUCCGGACACCAUCAGGGGUCGUCCCAUGGACACCUGAACCAGCAACACCAGUCUGUGCACUUCCACGAUUCUUCUCCGGUGAGCCAUAGCCAACCUCAACCGAUGCAGUUCCCAUCCUUCCCCUCUCCUUCUCUAACCUCUCCUCCUCCGCCAUCACCAGUCUUGCCUUCACCAUCUCUACCACCUCCAGCUCAACUCUCGCCGGUGUCGCCCCAGGCAAGUCCAGUGGCUCCGCCCGUGCAAACUCCGGCGCCAAUGGCGAGUCCUGCGUGGGAGACAGCUCCCUCGCAAGGGGCAGCUGCCCCUGCAGCCCUGCCUCAAGCGUCUCGGCCACAGGGAGCGGAGAGGGAUGAAGAGUUACCUAGUGUGCGCGGGAGGCCCCUAGAGGACAGGAACUUUGACGAGGAUGAGACAAAGGAAGGGAAGCAAGCCCCGAGAAGGGGUGCAGCAAGAGAUGACGAUGAAAAUGAUGAUGACGACGACGAGCGAGAGAAGGACGAUUCCAAGGAUAAGGACGAUGAUUACGACAAAGAUGAAGACAAUUCCAAGAAUAAACCCGGCCCCGAGGAUAAAGACGAUGAUGACAAUGAUGACAAAGAUAAAGACAACUCUAAGGGUAAAGAAGACUCCGGGGAUAAAGACGACGAUGAUGACGAUAAAGAUGAAAGUGAUGCCAAGAAUAAACGUGGCCCCGGGGAUAAAGACGACGAUGACAAUGAUGACAAAGAUAAAGACAACUCUAAGGGUAAAGAAGAGUCCGGGGAUAAAGACGACGAUGAUGACGAUAAAGAUGAAAGUGAUGCCAAGAAUAAACGUGGCUCCGGGGAUAAAGACGAUGAUGAUGGAGACAAUGACGAUGACGACUCCCAGGACAAACGCCAGUCCCGGGGUAAGGAACAAACUAUAAAGCGAAAGGGAGAUUCUCGAGAUGACAAUGAUGACUCCGGGGACGAUGAUGAUUCCCCAGAUGGGGGGUUGUCUGGAGUGGCAGGAUCCCCAGGGAAAACAGGAAUCGAAGGCAGGAAAGGGACGCCUCAGGUGAGAGGGACUGCUCCAGCGACAGGGACAUCGCCGGUGAACGCAGGGCUUCAAGGGACAGGCUCGCCUCGACAGAAUCAGACGCCGCUCGUGCAACAUAGAGGCCAAAAUUCCAUGGCGGGCACAAUGUCGGCGUUGCGCGAGAAGGCGAUGAUCUUGGACAUGGGCCACGAUGAGGAUGCUGAUGGUGACGACGACGAUGAUGACGAUGAUGACGACGGAGACGUGGAGGAUUAUGGUGAUGAUGACGAUGAUGACGAGAUAAACAAAAAGAAAAGUGUCCACCACUCCAAAUCUCAAAAAAAAUCUUCGGGUCACGGCACCUCCUCCCGUCGUGGUCGCAAGUGAUAUCGCGUUGGCAAAGCCUUGCCAGAGAAGCAAACGGAAGUGUAAUGCAGUUUUUUAAGACUGAGGGAACUCCUGAACGAGUGAGGCCACUGUUACCGUCUCGCUCCAGCUGUAGGAUUCCGACCUUCUCCGCUGCGUACGAGGCAUUCCGACACUGUGACACCAACGUGACCACGGUCCGUGUUACCAAGGCGGGAGUCUCUGGUGGUUUUGUUCGGAUUUCCAAACAAAUAAAUUAAACCACUAAUUGGACCAGUGCUCUGAGCAUCGCUUCACAUGGAAGUCACGUGAUCUUUCCCUGAAUGUGGCGUAGCUCAUUGGCUUCGCGUCUGAGGUGGAAAGUGGAAUACUGUUGCAAAAACAGCAGGAAAAGCAACAGAAUCCAACCAUAGAAUCAAAGUUUCAACUGGGCCCCAACUUCCCCAUCCCCCGACGUCAAAAAGUUCCGGGACCGAAAGAGCUCGUGUGGAAGCAAAACUGUCCUUGAAUGCUGGGUCACGAGGCUCCUGUAUGAAGCAUCGACCCGGUUCUGCUUGAGAAACGUGCUGUUUCAGCGCUCUGCUUUGUACCGACAGCAUCUUACUUUUCUUUCCGGAAGCUUGCCCCCUCAUUGUCCGCAGGGGUCGUCAGGAAAGCUCUCCUUCCUGGAAAAUGUCUGCUAGCGCCGGCUGCCCAAUUCCUACAGUGAUACGUUUCCUGUAACACCUUUGGAGAACCAAGUAUCAAUGGUGCGAAACUCUCAGUACCGGCUGCUCUUCUUUAAUAGUUUUAUUUCGAGGAAGUGUCGUGUUCUUCUCCUUCCUCUGCUGAACAGAGGUUCUGCAUCAUUGUGUCACAGCUUACACAGUUUCGACUGCGGAGGGGGGAACACUGCAUCAAAGUCGACCUCGCUGUCCCGGGUGGUAUUCUCGUGGCAGCAGGUUGAGUGAAUGCGUGGGCUAGUUGCCACAAGGAUAUAUGCAAGUGGAAUGCCGUCUGCCUCCUGUCCAAGUGAGGGAGAGGCACUAUAAAGCAGGAGGGGAGGCGAUUAUGUUGGACAUCAGGCAUGACUCACCCGCCGUUUUUUGCCUCUGCUCUGCCUACCUUCCUGGGAUCUCUGUGACAUGCUUCCCUCAGGAAUUCGUUUUUCUUCACUGUCGCACGCAUUAACAACCCUCUCUGCUGUCCAAGACGGAAGCGCGUUUUUCCCUGCGUGUCCAUGUUUGCUGUGGCCACAUACAGUACUGCGCCCCAAAUUCUUCCGCAAGCAAACAGACAAUGUUUGAACCCUCUGGGGAUCAGGUCGCCUACUGAGGUAACGCGCUCAACGUCGCUAAAGCUCAGUGCGCUAACGUAAUCUGAGCAGGCACGGCAUACGCAACCGGUUCCCAGUGCCACUGUCUUAAAAAAACACUUCGAAGACUGACAAUGCAAUGAAGAAACGUGCAUUUCUUUGUGGGAUCAAACGGUGCCUCACACUACAGACGGGUCGUUUCUGAAAUGGAACAUUUGGAAAUGAACGCAGCAACAGCCGUGGAAGUCCAGAACGGCCACCACUAACGGCUGUCAAUUGGGUAUGCCUUCCACUGUUGAAGUGAAAGUGGUAUUACCCCCACCUUGGAAACAAGCACCUGCGCAGUCACCCUAUGGCCGUCUUAUAGACAUUACCCAUGUGAGAGGGCAGGUGCUCAGUCAAUUAGUUCUCUGGCCGUCGACCACCCCGUUUUGAGGUCACAGUCUCGCCCACUCGCAUGCUGACAGAUUCCACGGUCCCUCCUCCACUGAAAAUCUUGCCGAUCCCGCAACGAGGACCGCGUUUCAGCUAACGUUGACGUCUGUGAGACAUGCACGAUUCGUAGACUCUGGUGGGGAACCCGAGCAUUCUGCGGGACCCCAGAACGACUGCAGUAGUUUGACCGCGAAUUCUUCGCCAAUGACAGCCCACCUCGCCCAUAAAAUGGCACAACAUACACUUAAACGACGUCAAAAUUGUAUGGUGGGAUUGACACCCACCUGUAGAGAAGGAAUGGUGGGGUUCGUUCCUGGAUCAGAACCUCCGAAAGCAGGUUGUUUCCUUCCCUCACACAACUGUCACAUUCCCUGUUUUGUGAUGGUCCAUACCCGUUCGUAGUGAGGUUUACGGCCAAAAAGCGCACGCAGACUGAACGGGACGAACUGCACGUGUUGGGCAUUGACACGGCACCGCAUCGAUGACGCACACACUGACCAGGUGUAUGUCCACACCGCGGAACGAAGGAGCCUAGGACCGUGUACGCCUCAUUACACGAAGAUAUGUGUAUUUCUGUUGUUUUUAACGGGCCAAGGCCGUCGCUGGUCACGACAUGCUGACUUCAGCCGGUUGCUUUCCCGCGUCGUUUAGAGGAGUGAACCCGGGAAAAUUCGGCGUUAGUGACCCUCCAACAGGCCUCUGCAUUUCGAGGAAUCUGCAGCCUCUGCCGGCUGCUGUUACGCGCCUUGUUCGCUUCCUGAGAAUUUCCC